AUGCCACCCAAGAAGGAUACUUCGGCCAACAUUGGCGGAAAGCUGCAAAACGGCAAUCGCGGAGGCUUUCGCACCGAUACUGCUAUCUCCAACUCUCGAUUCGGAAACGAAAGAACCCUUCAAAAAUGGGUUCCGGACGCCGAUGAUCAAAUGGAUGGCGGCUUGGAGCAAACUGCAUCUACUGGUAAAGGCUGGGAUCAAUUUGCCGAAAACGAGCGCCUAUUUGGUUUGAAAACCAACUACAACGAGAACUACUAUACUACCGCGAUUGAUAAGAGCCAUCCACAAUACCGCGAGCGAAUGGCUGCUGCUGAGAGGACCGCUAAGGAAAUUGAACGCAGUGCCCCAGCCACCGCUCAUGUAGCGGAGGAGCGUGUGAUGGACUACAAGGCAGGUAGCGGACAGCCAGAAGAGAAUGAAGAGGACAAAUAUUCCGGAGUCCGCCGACAACAGGACUUCCCACCACUGGCUGGCAGCAGUGGAAAUAACAAGUAUACCCCUCCUGCCCGAAGAGCGCCUACUGCGCAAUCUACGGUUAAGGGUGCUCCUGUCGACCCAGCCAUCAUCUCUUCACAAAUCAAAAAGACGCCAGCCGCGACGCCAGAUGCUUCGCGUGGUCAGACACCUGAGGCCACGAAGAAUGGAGCUCUGCCAAAGCCUGAUUCUACAAAGACCACCACUUCCAAUACGGAGUCAAAGCCCAUUGAAGACAAGCCUGUCAAUGCUAAGGAGGCAUCUGUAACUGAGGGGAAGACUUCUGAGAAACCGGCACAAUCUCAAACCCCAUCUUCUACCAAAGAUGCUACUCCCAGCGCUACAUCCACCGUGGAACGCGAUGUUCUGAAGGAAUUCAAGUCGUUUGCAAGUCAACAGAGAAUGCACGCUGAAAAGGCCCGCACCACCAAAGCCAAAGCUGACAAGGAAGUCAGACUUACAGAACUGCGUAAAUUUGCGAAUAGCUUCAAGCUCUCAACACCCGUCCCCAGUGACCUCGUUUCCAUUAUUGCUAAGGAUCCAGCGAAGCAAAAGGAAAUACAGGCUAAAGCUAUCAAGAACGCUGAAGACCUUGCGAAAGCCAAGUCGGACGUGCCUGCCAAGGAAAAAUCCCCUGCUCCCAAAGAGUCCCAAUCAAAGCCCUCAGAGCAAUCUGCUACGGCUGAUGCGAAGGGCGUCCGUGCUCCAACCGCUCCUCAAGGAACACCACCUGCUGGUACAAAUGGCAGACAACCUGGCGCCAGACAGCAAUAUCCUCAGCAGCAAUACCACGGUCAGCCCUUCAGAGGUAAUCGUGGGGCUCCUCAGCACGCAACAGCUCAGCAGCAGACUGGCACUCUUGCACAGCGUCUACGCAAUGUGGAGCAACAGAAGUUCUCUCAGCCACCAACAGCUGCUGAUCCCAACUUCAACCGCCGACACAGUGGGAUUACAGCCCCAGCGGGUGGAAAGCUAAACCCCAAUAGCCACGAAUUCCGUCCCAGCCCAUUUGCUGCCGCCUUCAACCCCAACAGUCAUGCAAGUGCUGGGUCAAGCCCACGCUCUGCAGUCAACAACGUUUCCGAUACCUCUGCAGCACCUCCUGUUGCUCUGCUUAUCAGACGCAAGACUAAGGCCGUCGAUGUUACCAAGUGUCUGAUUCUAUCCCACAUCAAAACCAUUAAACCACCACAGGGUCGUAAAUGGGAUGAUAACGGUGGUCUUCGACCGGCCUUUGACACUCUUCCAACCUGGCGACAGCUGCAAGAUGACGAAAAGGCAGAUUCUACGAUGCACCUGACCUACAAGGAAUACUUUGAGCGUAACCCCUUUGCAGGUGCUUCCGCGCCGACACCAAACCCUCCACAUGUGCUUCCACACUUGGCUCAUCAGCAUCAGCUUCCGUUCCACCUCCAGCACGGCGCUGGCCAGAGACAAUCCCCCCAUAUGUCGCCUAUGCAGAUGCACAACCCUCAGCAUGGUGGUGCCUAUGGUAAUGAUGAGCAUCGUAUGAUGCACUCCAACUCCCAGCAAUCCUACGCUUCUCCUCGUAUGGGGCAGAUGCACAUGGCGUACCCCGGAGUCGGAUCACCUGGACAGAUGCAGUACAACCAGCAGAGUUACAUGGCACACGGAAAUCCGCAGAUGGGUCAAUAUAGGAGUUUCUCCAACACUCCGCACUAUGUCCCUCCUCAGCAGGCCCAAAUGGGUGGCCAUAUGAUGAUGAUGCAGCCAGGUUUCAUGGGUCCUCAGGGAAUGGUUGGUGCGCCUCAAAUGAUGUACCCGGGUGCGCAUCCACACUUCAUUCCCCCCUCCGGCCCUCCACAGCCAAACGCCGGCACAAAUGGUUAUCCAAGCCCUGGUAGACCCUCGGCACCAGCCAUGGCUCAUCAAGGCUCUCAGCAAGGCCAACCUAUCUACGGUAUGAGCCCCAGUGUGCAGUAUAACCAACCUGCAUAUGGUGCGGGACAGCCUAACGGCGCAACCCAGUGA